AUGCCUGAGCCUCUGCCCUACCCGACCAUCCCUGCCAUCGACGGGUACCUCAACUCCGCCAACAUCGAAAGGCUCGAUGGACGGAUCGUCAUGGCUACUGUCGGAUUCUUGCGCCGCACCGGCGACAUCGCCCACUGCUUCCUACCAAGCAACGGCUUCUACCCCAUCAGUAUUCAUCUCCGUCCCGGCACUGUCAUUCCCCCCGGCGUCCACUAUCUCCAGUUCUGGGGGCCAGUCAUGUCUCCUCAUCGAUUGGACCAUCGGCGCAUGCGCGAGCUCGACCAUCCCUUCGAGUCCAUCUCCAUGCGCCGCUUGAGUGAGGAUAUCGACAGAGCCACCCACCCCGCCGCCAUGCACCUCAUCGCCGAACUCCACCCCUCCGUCUGGU